CCUCCCUCCUUCCCUCAUUACGCCCUCCACCGGCAAAACACCGACCCACUCCCUCUCCUUCUAACCGGGAAAUAAACACUGAGCGGCAGCAGCAGGACUGAACGGUGCGCCUCAUCCAUGGUCCUCCUUUGGAUGCAUGUGUGACAGGAGGGUUGGUGUUACUUCACUAAGCAACUGAGGUGGACCUUAAGUUGAAGGAGAAGGUAGCAACCUGACGGGCCUCCCUGAAAGCAGGGGGCAGCAGCCGACAUGCAGGAAUCCUCCUCUGACAACAAGAUGGCUAAGCAGGAACAAAACUCCAGGCACCUUGAGGAACACAGAGAAACGGAGGACACAUCCGAGAAGACCUCCCCGAACAAGAACCUGAAAUCCCCUCAGAGAGGCUCCAAACGCCUUAAAACAUCCCCCUUCAAGGUGGCACUGCUGGAUUCCUUGGAGUAUGAGGGAGAAAUUGAGCAGAAGCACUCCAAAGGACAGACCCUGAUGGACAUGGUGUGCGAGCACCUCAACUUGUUGGAGAAGGACUACUUCGGCCUGACCUUUGCCGACACAGACACCCAGAAGAACUGGUUGGACCCAUCUAAAGAGAUUAAGAAGCAGAUGCGCAACUCUCCGUGGCACUUUGCUUUCGCUGUAAAGUUCUAUCCCCCAGACCCCUCCCAGCUCACAGAGGACAUUACCAGGUACUACCUGUGUCUGCAGCUGAGGGAUGAUAUCCUGUCAGGUCGCCUGCCAUGCUCGUUUGUCACCCACGCCCUCCUGGGCUCCUACGCCAUUCAGGCCGAGCUGGGAGACUACGACCUGGAUGACCAUGGCUCUGAUUACGUCAGCGACUUCCGCUUUGCUCCCAAUCAGACUCGUGAUUUAGAAGAGAGGGUGAUGGACCUCCACCGAACUUACAAGGGAAUGACACCUGCAGAGGCUGAAAUGAACUUUUUGGAGAACGCGAAGAAGCUGUCCAUGUAUGGGGUGGACCUUCAUCAUGCUAAAGAUUCAGAGGGGAUUGAGAUCAUGCUUGGGGUGUGUGCCAACGGCCUGCUGAUUUACAGGGACAGACUGAGAAUCAACCGCUUCGCUUGGCCAAAGAUUCUGAAGAUUUCAUACAAGAGGAGCAACUUCUACAUUAAAAUAAGACCUGGGGAGUAUGAGCAGUUUGAAAGUACAAUUGGUUUUAAGCUUCCCAAUCACCGAGCUGCCAAGAGAUUGUGGAAAGUCUGCAUUGAGCACCACACCUUCUUCCGCUUGGUAUCUCCUGAGCCUCCUCCUAAGGGCUUUUUGGUGAUGGGUUCGAAGUUUCGGUACAGUGGAAGGACGCAGGCUCAAACCAGACAGGCCAGUGCCCUCAUUGAUCGUCCCGCUCCUCACUUUGAGCGGUCAGCCAGCAGAAGGUACCUGCUGUCCAGGAGCUUGGAUGGAGCAGAGUUCUCACGGCCGGUAUCGUCCAUGUGUGAGAACCACGAUGGGCUAUCCCGCCGCAGCGCCAGCGAACACCCUCGACUACACAGCCCGUCCGUGGAAGAGCAGGAGACUGAGCUGGAGCCCAGCCUGGAGCAGGACGAGGAAGACAAGGACCAAGAUCUGAGUCAUGAGGAGCAUAAAGACCAUGAUGGCAAUGUCACCCCAAGCAGGAAGAAAGAAAUCAAGGAGGAGGCUGGCUCACCAGCCAACAGUAAACAGGAGCUCUCUCAGUUGGACCAGGAGACCACUCCUCGGCACAAAAAGGAGUUUCUUGAGAAAUCUCCGGAUGUCUUGCUGAAGCACCAGGCCAGCAUUAACGAGCUGAAGAGGGCCUUGAGGGAGCCCAACAGCAAGCUGGUAAACAGAGAGAAGCGUCUUUCUGCAACGUCUCCGACUGGAACUCCAGAGAAGAAGGCUUUGGGGGGCCGAGCAGUGGGAAAAGACCCUGUUAACAGCCCUUCUGUUGAGGGUUUCGUCCAGAAGACUCUGGUGACUUCACCUGAGGAGCCUGUCUCUACUCCCGCCAUAUACGAGGAGCCUUUUGCUGACUUUAAGAGAGAGCCUGGGGAAAGGCGUCCUCAACCGAGCCUUGCCUCGGAGGAGGAGCAGGAGCGAGAUACUCUGGCUUCCAUGAAGGAAACACAGCUGGGCAUUGAGCGCAAAUGCUCCAGCAUGACGGUCAGCUCCACAUCAAGCCUGGAGGCAGAGGUGGACUUCACCAUCAUCACGGACCUCCACUCGGGAAUGGAGGACUUUUCUAAGGGGCUGUCAGAGAUGGGAGAGAGGGGGCGGCAGCCAGAGGUUGGACGUGAAGACUUUGAGGAGACUUCCAGGUUCUACUCUGCCCGUCUGAUGGGCUCCAGGGAUAAGUUCCCUAUGGAGGAGAGGCUUCCUGAGGAGGGAACCCAUCAUGAGCCUCCAGUGGCAAAGAAAGACGCCAAUGCUGUGAGUGUGGCCCACAAGCUAAAGAGGGCAGACACCCGGACGGAAACGCACACCAAUGGAUCAGAGGUUCACCAGAACAUCAUUGAUGUCUCACCACAGAACCCUUCAAUUGUCAGCUCCACGGAAGCUUCUGUUGUUCCCAAGGAAAAUGGCUCCCCUGUAAAAGCAAGUUCCCAAGGGAGGGAGUCUGUUGUGUCUCCUCUGACCAUCACGGCUGAAAGUAUCACAUCAGCGACCACAACACAAGUUACCAAGACUGUAAAAGGAGGUUAUUCAGAGACCAGAAUUGAAAAAAGGAUCAUAAUCACCGGAGACGAGGAUGUGGACCAGCAUCAGGCACUCGCCAUGGCGAUCCAGGAGGCUAAGCAGCAGCAUCCCGACAUGCUGGUGACGAAAGCAGUGGUUAUCAGGGAAACAGAGUCUCCCACAGAGGAUCUGCAGCGGAAAGCAGAGUGCUGAUCCAACACAACGGCCUCUGAGAUGGGGUUGGAGGGAGACCAGAGAGAAUCCUCUAGCAGAGAGUCUCCCUCCCCACCAAACUGAACAUGACCACCCUCAAAGAGAGGACUCUCUACCCCCCCACUGUGUACUCAUAGACCCCUGAACAGACUGCGUUCCAGGAAGCAGCAGAUUUCCUGUCUUUUCCCUUUAGACGAAACCAACUGUGACCUGGUCUGGACCCCCUGUCCCGUCCAGCAUCAUUCCAAUCCUCCAGCUUCUUUGGAAACAGGAACCGUCUUUUGUUGGAGGAUUCAGCUCGGAAUCGGACGUGUUUUGGCUUGUUUGCACCAACGACCCCCCUCCUCAGAAAGGACUUCUUCCUGUUCAAACAUCUGCAGUCUUAUUGUCUUCAUCUUUCUCGCUUCGGUUUGAUUAACUGCUGUCUUAUUAGCUUUUUACAUUUUUACCUAUAGAUGAUCUAAUUUAUGUUCAGUGUUUGCCUGUUUAUGAAUUAUAUCAGAUGAUUAUAGUCUGCAUGAUUCAAAUAAUAAUAGCAGAGGAAAUGAGAAAGAAUACCUACACAGACAGGUUCCAUAAAAACAUUGUCAGGGUCUGGUACCAGCCUCCAUUUACAGAACAUCCUUGUCCUCAUCCCAACCUGACUUUGAGCUUUUAGUGACAGCAACAAUGGAGAUGCUGCUCACCUUGUUAGGGUUUGUAGAGAAAUUUUUAAUAUAAAUAUUACGUGCUCUAAGUUUUGCAGAUUUGAUGGUAUAUUUUUACUUUUUAUUUACUUGACUUUGGUUUAAUCUGAAUUUCUUGUGUUUUUUAAAUUUUUAAGUUUUUUUUUUUUUCUUGUUGACUCUUCUAAAUGCUGUUACACUGGAGAUUAUUGUGUGUCUUGGGGAAACAUUGCUAGGUAUUGGCCGGUUGCCAUUAUCAGGGUUGACCAAGUAGGUUUCAAAAUAAGUACAAUUUUCCACCGUAAUGUUACAGCCUAUUUAGAUGCUUUUAAUACAUAAUACAUAGAAAAGUUACACUGGAUUUUAAUUCAGAGUUCUGUUGCUGCACACUGACAGCCAGAUGGCUGAAAAAUGGCGCAUAUGUUAGUCUCAUACUUGCACAAAUGACUUGUUUUAAGAAAACCCACUAGAGUUAUGGAACUUAAAGCAGAACCUCCAUCAAUGUAAUGUUAUUUUAAAACUCAUUGGUUCAAACUGGUUGGAAAAUAAUUACAAACAAAAGCAUUUAGUUCAAGUAAUUCCUUUUUGUAUUAAACUUUCCCAAUCCUACAGUCAAGCUGUUAUACGAAGUUAUCUGAUUGACUCAUUCCUAGAUCUCACUAAGAAACUGUGAAUCUAUCUUAACUUGUCGUUCAGGUUUAUUAGGCCACUUAGAUGGCUCAGCACUAACUGCUGCCCAAAAAAGCGACCUCCUUCAGUCUAUGCAAUAUUUGGAGGUGAUCGCUACUUCUACCCAGCUAAAAACCCUGGUUUUGUCCAUAUUUAACCACACUGUAAGAUUUUGUGAAUCAAAAUUAGCAUUAAGUGGAAGUCUUGUGUCUGGUCAGUACACAGAAUGUUUUGGUUAUUUUCAGCUAUAAAUAUAUUACUCUUAACUGAUGCUGUUCAUCCUGCUAACCUUUUUUGGAGCAAGAAUAAGUAGCCGAUCCUAUUUCAAGCAUUUCGUGGUAUGAUAAUCAAAUCUUUUCAAAAUAACAAUACAAACUAGUAUAGUUUGGAUCAUAUUAUUUUAACACAGUCCUUGUAAAGUAAAAAAAAAAAAAAAAGCACCGGACUUGUAUGACUUUCUCUCUGAUUUCUGUUAAAUGAACUUAUGCUGUCAUGGUGUGGACUUUGGGUUUAUAUUUAAAAGCAGCGGUGUAUGUUGAAGUUCUCCCUAGAGAUACAGUGUCGUGCAAAAGUAUUAAAUCCCCUAGAACCUUUAAACAUGUCACAUUACAAAUGAUUUUAUUAAGGGAAGUAAAAAUAAAUGGGCGAAUACAUGUGCACACCAGACUUAAGGUUUCUGUGGUUCUAUGAUGAAAUAGGUUGAAAACAAAUCCUGUAAAAGCUGAGAGCAUACAGGCCGAUCCAUAUAAAGCAUAGCGUGUUGCCCUGUCACAUACAUCAUUAUGUUCUGAGUGACCUUUAAUGCUAUACUAUGCAUCACAAAUCAGUCAUGAGAAUCCCUGAUUGAGCCCUAACCUUUGUUAAUCCUAAUUGAGUCUGUGCUACUGUUAGUCGAGGCAGUGAAGCUCUCUGCUCGUGAGGUUUUGCAAUAAGCUGCCAUCUUUCCCCAUCUUCUGUCCUCUGAAGGGAGAAAACUGUGAUCUCUCACAUGUACCGAAGCGUAACCAAAACCGAAUAAUAAUAAUAACAAUGCACAGCUGUGGAGUGAGGAACUUUUCCAGCAAUUGUGACCAUGCUUUUGUGGCCCUCAAUCAUCCCCCACUACCCCCACAUGAAACUACUGACCUGCUCCAGACACACCUGUGGACACAAGAGUCCAGACCUGCUACCUUGUAUAUUCUAUUUUACUCUGUUUUAUUUUCUAUUGGUCACAUGACACUGGACUGUUGUGAAGGCAGAGUUUGGAGCAGAUGCUUUGUAAACUAAUUAGGAAGCUGCUCCUGGAAUAAUUAAGGCAUCAAGAAGAAAAACUGAGCUGCAGUAUGAAGGUUUGGAUUUCUUUUGUAUUUUCGUCAAACAGUUGAUGCAUUGGGUGCAAUAGAGAGAAGAAUACAAAUGGGUGCCUUAAGUUUUGGGUUGAUUUUUAUGGAAGUAGGAGCAGAGCCUAUUAGCUGAAAGUUUCUAAGAUGAGAAAGAGGUUAUCUAGAAAGAACUACUGACAUUAGAAAACUGGAAAAAGGAACGAAAUUAUGUCCUGAUACGGGGGAAUGCAUUUGUUGAAACUAUCACCAUGAGGAUAAGCAGUGUAUCCACAGUGAAGGCCAUUAAACUGCUGUGCCACUAAGCCUCCACCUUCAGUUCUCCACUGCCGUUAGCUCUACAUUCCCCUAGUGCUUGGUGGUGUGUAUGUGCUGUGUUUGCAUUCAGUUCUGACAGGAAAUAUACCUGCAUCAAUAAAUGUCUCACUAUGAUUCAAA